UGCAUUACAGUAGAACAGGUCGCUGCUCUUUGCCCUUGACUGUGCGUGUCGCAGCAGAGAUCAGCUCCGAUGGAGCGGCCGUGACGAUGUGCUGACGUGGCUCUCAUCAGCAGCACACUGUGGAAACCCGUGGGAGACAGAGAGAGCACGGAGUGAAGAUCUGUCCUGCGGCACUGCAGUCACUCUCAACAGCGGAAUAUCAGUCAUUUAGAGGCUCAAUGAUGGAGGUUCCACGCGUGGGACACAGUGUCAGCAGCCCCACGAGCCCGUGCGAGGACAUGAUGAAGAAUCUCAGUCUGGAAGCCAUUCAGCUUUGUGAGAGAGAAGGAAAUAAGUCCCUGGAUAGUGGCAUUGCCGAGAUGGAGGAUCUUCCUGUUCCCCAGAACAUCAAAAUCAGCAACAUCACAUGCGACUCCUUUAAGAUCUGCUGGGAUAUGGACUCCAGGUCUAAGGAACGGAUCACACACUACUUCAUCGACCUCAACAAGAAAGAAAACAAGAAUGCCAACAAGUUCAAACACAAGGACGUCCCCACUAAAUUGGUAGCGAAAGCAGUCCCUUUGCCCAUGACUGUGCGAGGACACUGGUUCCUGAGUCCACGCACUGAAUACACUGUGGCCGUUCAGACCGCAUCCAAACAGGGUGAUGGCGACUACGCCGUGUCAGAAUGGAGCGAGAUCAUUGAAUUCUGUACAGGCGAUUAUUCCACUGUUCAUCUCACACAGUUGAUGGAGAAAGCAGAGGUCAUCGCUGGCAGAAUGCUACGGUUCUUAGUCUUUUAUCGAAACCAACACAAAGAGUACUUUGACCAUGCAAGGGAGGCCCAAAACAACAAGAUGUUGCUGUCAGUGAAGGACAACAGCGGCAGCCACGGUUCGCCUAUCAGCGGGAAGCUCGAGGGCAUCUUCUUCAGCUGCAACACUGAAUUCAACACGGGCAAACCACCACAGGACUCACCGUAUGGCCGUUACCGCUUCCAGCUACCAGCCGAGGAGCUCUUCAGUCCCAAGACAAACCUGUAUUUUGCCGACUUCUACUGCAUGUACAUGGCCUAUCACUACGUCGUUCUGGUGAUUGCUCCAAAGGGCUCGUCUGGAGAUGAGUUCUGCAAGCAGCGCCUACCAGCACUGGAUAUCGCCAACAACCGCUUUUUGACGUGCUCGGAGGAUGAAGACGGCCGGCUGGUGUUCCACCACGCACAGGACCUUAUCCUGGAGGUCAUCUACACCGACCCCGUGGAUCUGAGUCUGGGCACGGUAGCUGAGAUCAGCGGCCAACAGCUCAUGAGCCUCUCCACAGUCAACGCCAAGAAGGAUCCCAGCUGUAAGACCUGCAACAUCAGCGUGGGACGCUAACCUACGAAUCGGAACUCUUCUGCUGCCUUGAACAGCAGAGAAAAUAGCCUUCUCCUUUAGCCGUCCUCCUUACCCAUUAUCAAACUUAUCCAUAAUUCCUGCUGGUGUCUGUAAGGCUCCUCGGCAGCAUGUGUCUCACAGCUUUUGACAAAAUGCUCUUUUUCGUUUACUAGUUUAUGGAUCUCGACCCGGGGUUGGGUUAGAUAUGUCGUGCUCCUAUUUUGGUAUUGGGAUGUUGACUUAAUCACCCCUGUCAAUCAAACUGCUUCUUUAAUCCUACUGGCUGUUAGACCUUCCUGUUAGAACGCCGCAUUGUAACAGUUUACCAAAGUUUACACAAAUUUAACACCAGAUUCUCAUCAAGUCACUGAAGUCGGUGAAUCGAGACAACCGAUCUUAUAAGGCAUUAUGAAUGUGGUGAUAUCAAGUGAGAUAUCUCAAAAAAUAUGUGAUUGGACGUAUCUGUAGCAUGACUGCAAACAUUUUUGGAAACGUUGACAUUAUCAUAACUGUUCUUCGGCAGUGUUUCAUGUUCUCCAUUCUAACCCAUCCAGUAUACUGUGAUUUAACAUAUAAUAAAUGUGAUACGACAUGUAGAUAGAAAAAUAUUUAUACUUUAACGGUGAAUAGAAAAUGGACAGAACCAGAAGUGCACAAUACAGAGGAUCUUGUUGAUUGAAAAGAAAAGGUUCACGAUAAAGCAAAUAUAUAGAUAAUUAUAUAUAUAUAUAUAUA